AAAGGUUGGAGAGGGCAUUAAGAGGAAACCCGGCCUAAAACUGAGGGAGCCUAUCCAUUACAGACUGGGUCCUGGGCUCAGCUCUUCUGGCUUGCAGAUGCUGAGGCCAUAAGCUAUGAGGUCUCCAGUGGCAGCUUUUAUGACAGAACUCCCCGGCUGGUUCCUGUUUUCUGGGAUCUUUCUGCCAGUGACUGUACUGCUGUUCCUUCUCAUUGCUUACUUCAGGAUCAAAUUGAUGGAGUGUAACAAGGACGAUUCCCUCUCUACAGUUAAUGCAGAAGUGGCCCAGGCUUCUGAUCCCCGAGACAUUAACCAAGAUGACUAUCUCCAGAACCAGAAACUGAAGCAACAUGACAUUCAGAGAUCAGCCACAAAAACAAAAUGCGUUUAAAGGGAUGCAUGCUAGACUGGCAGAUAACCAGCAACAAAUUGCUGACAUCUAAGUAUAUAAAACAAAACCUCGAGGGAAACAGAAUGGAAAGAGAUUUGUCCUAUUUGCCAACCAGCACAUGCACAGCAACUGUCAUCCAUAGAGCCUCAUCGUUUUAUUUUAUCUUCUGGGAGAUGCAGCUAAACAACAGAUUUCCUGAUUCAUCAUCAACAGUGGUUUACUAAAAUACAGUGUGAAUUUUUAACAAGAAUUCUCCCUCUUUCUUCAAUACUUGGCUCCAGAGAAGAAAACAUCUAAUGAGUACACUGUGUGAGUUUGGUGGUUUUAUAACUCCCAGGGACAAGUGUAAUUAUACACAAUAUUUACAGAAUACUAUUCAUGCUGAAGAGUCUCAAUGGUGCUUUUUUAAAAUAUAUAUAUAUAUAUA